AUCUUAAGAGUUUUAACUUAUAUAAUUAUUUAAUUUAGUCGUAAUAAAAUGACACUACGAAACAAAAUUAAAUAAUACCUAAUCAAAUGAAAUUAAAAACAUUCAUAAUAGUUCAACGUUAUUAAGUACAAAUAACUUAUAUUAUUUUUAUUAUUGUGUCAAAAUAACAAUUUACUUUUAUAUUUAGAAUAAAUGAAAAUAUUACAUUUAAUAUCUAAUAGGUAAAUUUGAAUACUUAAAAAUAAUGUUUCCUACCAGUACUCAAAAAAAAAAUUGGAUAUUCAAGGAUGAGUUGGAACUCAAUGCUUUACGCGAAGAAGCUAAUAAAAGAUACAUUAUAAAUUAUGGGUCACACAUGAGUCCAGAUGAACGCAGCAACUAUUUCUUGAAUGCUAAUGAAGAGCACAUCAUACAAAAAUGUCACGAAUGCAUGUUACGAGAUUUCUGUCAUAGAUUUCAACCUCCAAUGCCAAAGUAUGUAUUUGCCACAGCCCUUAAUUACUUAAAACGUUUUUAUUUAUACAAUUCUGUCAUGGAUUAUCAUCCUAAAGAAAUAAUGGUCACAUGUUUAUUUUUGGCUUGUAAAGUGGAUGAAUUUAAUGUAUCACUAGCUCAGUUUGUAGCUAAUAUCAAAGGUAAUCAGUCAAGGGCCACAACUGUUAUACUGAAUAACGAAUUAUUCCUUAUGGAACAAAUCAAAUAUAACCUCAAAGUACACCAUCCGUUUAAAGCAAUUGAAGGAUUCCUUUUGGACAUAAAAACAAGAACACGCAUGAACGAUCCUGAACGUAUGCGACCACACAUUGAUAGUUUCAUUGAUAAACUAUUGUUUACAGAUGCAUGCUUGUUAUUUGCGCCUUCGCAAUUAGCAUUAGCUGCUAUAUUACAUUCUGCUAGUCAAAUCAAAGAAAAUUUAGAUUCAUAUGUAACAGACAUGCUAUUAGGUCCUACUGGAUCUGAUCAUUUAAAAGAUUUGAUCGAGGUCGUGAGAAGAAUUAGGAUAUUGCAUGUUCGUGUUGCUGAUGAUCACACUAAAGAGAUGUCACGUGUUAGCAAAAAAUUAGACAGAUGUCGUAAUCAAGAAAAUAACCCGUUCAGUGAAGAGUAUAAAGAUAGGAUACAAGAAGCUUUAAAUAACUCUAUGUAACUACAAUUAUAAGUUAUUAUUUAAUUAAUAUUAUAUCUUACUUAAAUAUAUGUUUUUAAUUUUCUGAAUUAUGAAAUACAUUUUUUUUAGUAAAAAUUGAAAAUAUAAUAAAUAAACACAUAAA